UUUUGACUCUUUGGUGUUCAAUCGGCAAGCCGUUUCCCUUGUUGUUUUUUAUAUUCUUGCUUUUUUUUUUUGAAAAAAAGCAACCUCAUUGUGCCGUUUCAUGUCGUCUGUAUUUGUUCCCGAUAAUAGCGGGUCAGCGUCACCACAGAAAUCCCCAGAAUCAAGUCGACCGAAGCGACCUCGAUCCAGUCUAGCAUGUAUUCGUUGUCGAAAGAAAAAAGUCAAGUGCGACUUUGUUCAGCCCACAUGUGGUCGAUGUGCCAUGGCGGGAUUACCCUGCAGUUACGCUACGCCACCUCGUCGAGUGGACGGUCAAGCGUUCGAUAAGCUCGGCAAUCACGUCGAGGAACUGAAAGAAAGAAUGCAGAAAAUGCAAAGCGAACUGGCCAAGAUGAAGGACAAUCUGCAUCCGUUUUCGGGCAGUAUUGGAUACCGUGCUGAAGACGACCAAACUGCUUCGGGACCAUCCACCCCGUACGCCAUGCCAUCGCAAGCUGCUCCCACGGACAUGUUCCCUGCAAGAGAACCCAUGGCCGUUGCCGAAUCAUCGUCAUCGCAACACUUGUUACAUCAUUCGGCUUCGCAACAGCCCGUGACCUGGAAACUGUCAUUGUCCCCCUCGGGAUUACGUAUCGAUACCAACAUUGCCAGUGUCGCCGACUUGUACCGUAUUCUGCUCAACGGCAUCAGUCAGCUCAAUAUCAAUGCCGAUUCUGCCACCAGUCUGUUCAGUACUGAUACCAUUCGUGGCGAAGGCCGUCGUAACCGUCAAGCGAGGGGACUUCGAAAUGCGCAGAGAAACAAUGCCCUGGAGUCCGGCGACGGCAUGUUCUCGGCGACGGCAACGGAUCCAACCACCACGACCAUUGCCACUUCGGCCGGUCCUUCCACUUCCACUUCCACUUCCAAUACGACAAUGAAUCAUGGGCAAUCCGCUGGCGGGGGUCGACUCUGGGAAGUGGAUGAUAACGAAGCGCGCAAAAUUAUUCAAGAAAACACCAAAUCUGACGAUUCCUUGCCUCCUGAUAUUCUCCAGGGUCUUUUGCGCAAUUGCUAUCACCGAUGCUUUUUGGCCUAUCAGAUCGUGGACAAGGAAACCUUUGUGAAGCAGUGCACGGACGGGCUCGAGUACGAGUCCCUUUUAGCGAAUUCCGUCAGCGCGUGGGUUUCCAAACACGGAUGCAUCUAUCAUAACGCGGCCCCCGGUCAGAAUCCUACCACCAUGGGGGAAGCCUACUUUAUGAACGCACGUCAGCUACUGAAGAAAUGUUUUGACAUUAGCAGUCCCACCACCAUUCACGCGCUUCUCAACCUGUACAUGUACCAAUUGAACAGUGAACGAUCCAGUCUCGCAUACCUGUACAUUGGUCUGGCGAUUCGCAUGGCUCAGGAUCUAAAGUUCCAUAAAAAGGAGCAUAUGCCGGCUGAUCCGAAACAGCGCGAAACCAAUAAGCGAUUGUGGUGGUCGGCGUACUGGUUGGAUCUAUGUGCCGCACUUGAAUCCAACCGACCUACCAUGGUCGAUGACAAGGACUGUGAUUUGGAGUAUCCUGUGAAGCUGGACUCAGAGGAUGAAGAGACCGGGUACCAAAUCGAUUUUUGUGUGCAUUCCAUCAAGCUCAUGAAGAUCAGAAAAGAUAUUACCAAACAUUUACCGUCCGAGCAAUCCGGACAAUCGUUGCUGUCGGCUAUUUCUCGGUUGGAGAACGCUUUAACCAAUUGGUUGAACGAGUUGCCUCAGUCACUGCGUUUUGAUCCCGAUGACAAGGUGUUCCGUACCACGGGGUCGUUCCGAGACGAAGCGUGUCUGAUUCUUAAUAUUCAAUACCAGACGACGUGGAUCAUGCUUCACGAAUUCUUCUUACCGAAACAGGAUCAAACCGCUACACCCGUGGCUUUGCUGUCGCUGAAUAUCUGUACGAAAUCGGCCAAUUUCAUCAGUAAGAUGCUGGAUAUCUAUUCAAAGAACUUGUGCUGGUGCCAGUUCUUUUACGUGAUCGAUGGCGUCAUUGCCAGUGUCGCCAUUCAUCAGGUGAAUGCACUGUCAAACGAGAAAGAAGUGGCGUCCUUGGCUCAGCGAAAUCUCAUCGUCACGGCCGACGUGCUUAAGGGAUCCCCUUUGAUGUAUAUGGAGAAAAUCAAUGAGAUUGUGGACAGCAUUGAAGGAUUCCUGAAAAAGCACGAGCUCCCCAUGGACGUGAACAACUUACCGCCUGUCAAUGAAGAUUCCGUCAAUCAACAAAGCAUCUCGUCCGUCUUCCAUCCCGCCAUGCUGGAUACCCACCCGAUGACGCCUCAGAAUUCGACGUUGAAUAACUUUGGCUUACCAUCUUUUGGACAGGGAACGCCUUUGAGUCAGUCUCGCCCCGAUCCAGACUCUCCUUCCAUGGCGACGAACGCAUCGCGAUUUGGCAGUGUGGGCAGUAUACCAAUGAAUUCGCCGCGAUCGCAGACGCCCGGUUCCGUACCGCACACCACGAUGCCAACCUCGCAGAUGUCACCUCACACUUCCAUGUUUACCCCUCAACCGGGAUCCGCCCAAGAUCUCUCUUCGCUUUCCAGCCCGAUUCCCAUGUCGUCUUCUUCUUCUUCUUCUAACCAGCGACCUGGAUCCGAGGCCAAAAUGCGUGAAGCGCCCACCCAUCCACAAGCACCACCACAUCAACAGCACCAACAACAACCACAGCCACAGCCACAGUUUAGUCGACCGACAUCGCAAUCGGUGCCGUUUGUCACGGCGUCGAACCUUUCCAACAACUUUGGCUUGGGUAACAUGUUGUUCAAUGAUCCGGCCUUUAUGAAUUUCAAUAUACCCAACACGUCGCAGGAUAUGGAUCAAGCGCUGUUUAGAGACAUGGGAUUCUCCAACUUGGGCGGCGGUGAUAGUCGGAUGAACUCGGAGGACCAGUUGAAUCAGUCCAACAUGUUUGCUUCGCUGGACUCCUCCUUGUUUGGCGAAAGGAAUGCCUACACUUCAGCGAGCAAUCCCGCGGCGGGUACAUCCUUCAAUUUUGCAGAGAUGGGUCAAGGAUCCAUGUACGGGCAACAGGGAGCGACUAAUGAAAGUAUGGGGUAUCCAAACUACCUCGGAGAUCCUGAAUUAUUUGGCCUCUCCACCAGUUCUUCCAUGCUUCCUACGUCGUCACAAACGCAAGCUUCGAAUAUGAUGGAUCCACAGUAUCCGCUCAAUGGAUCGGUUUCUGGAACCUCGGUACCGAGUACGAUGAUGGACAGCGUAGAAUCGACACAGCCAAUGGACAAUGACCAAGCGUUUGAUCCUCGAUCGUUAUUUGGAAAUAUGAAUAUAGACCCUGCAACGAUGAAUGCGUUUUUACAGAUGAAUGCCGCUUCAGGUUAUUCGCCAUUUUACGGUCAACAACAAGCCGCUCCUGGACAAGCGAGCAGCAGUCGAUUUGCAGGCAGCAACGCCAUGACGGAAGCCAUGUUUGCUGCGAGCCGAAAGAGACCACAUCGUGAAUGGGAUGAUUCCGCAUAGUUUGUUGUGCAUUAUUUUUUUUUCUACAUCUUUUCUUCCUUCUUACUUGUAAUUUUUUUUUAUCUCUACCAUUAUCUUUCUAUUUAUCAUUCGUUUUCAUUUUUCCUUUCACGCAGAGGAUGCCAAAAUUGAAAGAAAACAAUAAUCCAAUAGCGAAAACAAUUUUCACCAGUAACACUUGAUUCAUGUCUUAUGCAGG